AUGCAGUGUUCAUUUGUUGUAGAUGCUGGAUAUUCAUCACCCGACCCCUCUGAUGCAGCACCAGAACCAUCCCCCGACGCAGCACCAGAACCAUCCCCCGACGCAGGUGCUACUUGGACCCCGACAUAUCCAUCAUAUACAUUCCAUACUGACUUGCGGCCAAAGACCCAGGACUUUCUCAGUUUACCUUUACCUCCGGACUCUCAUAAGUCCAAGGCUGAUUCAAGGAAGUACCACCCACGUGCUACGAGAAGGUAUCAGGAAAUGCUUCCUAUGUUGGAGACUAGGAAAGCUGUUGCACUCGCAGCAAAAGAAAGAGAGAUAGCGAAUGGUGCUAAGAAGGAUCGCAUAGAGGGACGACGUGGCGGAGGUAAGCCUGAUUCUAAACAACCGCCAAGAGGAAUGAGGGGCAUUAUUAGGUGGAAUAGUUCUAAUUUACCCGUUGGUCCUUGGUCAACCCGAUUGAAUGCAUAUAUUGGGGUUCUCGUGCGUAGAGCGACCAUUGUCAACCCUUAUUUUCAUUUUCGAGAAUUACCAUGGACCGCAUACGAGGAAAUAUGGACUGCGCUUAUGAAUUUUUUUUAA